GCGGAAAUGACAGUGUGGUGCUGUUGUGGUGUCAUGGUGCUGUCCCUGGACUAAGGGGCGAAAACUCUUAAGUUUAGCCCAGGAGACCUAGCUUCGGCGGCGUCGCGGUUGCUGUGUGGCCCCCUGUGAGACGCGCGGGCUGGCGGAUCAGUGCUGUGGUGCGGGGGCGGCGGCGGCGGUGGCGGAGGCAGCAGCGGGGAAGGCAGGCGGCGGCCUAGAGUGGCGGCGGCGGCAGCGGCAGCGGCAGCGACGGAGGCCCGGGAGCUGGCUCGGGAGCCCUAGCCAGCCCGCUGCGGAAGCAAGGCGAGCGCCGGGCGCUCUCGAGCGCGCGUAGGAGAUGGCUGGCACCCGGGAACGCUACGGGUGAAAACCCAGCCUCCGUGGUUCUUAAUGCUUCAGCAGGAUUAUUUUCACUAAAGAUGGAAACACUGGAGUCUGAAUUAACCUGUCCAAUCUGCCUCGAAUUGUUUGAAGACCCACUUUUGCUCCCAUGUGCUCAUAGCCUGUGCUUCAACUGUGCCCAUCGCAUCUUGGUCUCAAACUGUAGCUCUGGUGAAACAAUUGAACCUCUCACUGCUUUCCAGUGUCCUACAUGCAGAUAUGUUAUCUCACUGAACCACAGGGGCCUGGAUGGUCUCAAAAGGAAUGUGACCUUGCAAAACAUUAUUGAUCGCUUCCAGAAGGCUUCAGUAAGUGGGCCUAAUUCCCCAAGUGAGAACCGACGGGAAAGGAUAUAUAGGCCCAGUUCUGCCAUGUCUAGUGAGCGAAUUGCUUGCCAAUUCUGUGAGCAGGACCCGCCAAGGGAUGCAGUGAAGACUUGCAUCACCUGUGAGGUCUCCUACUGUGACCGUUGCCUGAGGGCCACACAUCCCAACAAGAAACCUUUCACCAGCCAUCGCCUGGUGGAACCAGUGCCAGACACACAUCUUCGAGGGAUUACCUGCCUGGACCAUGAGAAUGAGAAAGUGAACAUGUACUGUGUAUCUGAUGACCAAUUGAUCUGUGCCUUAUGCAAACUGGUGGGUCGUCACCGAGACCAUCAAGUUGCAUCCUUGAAUGACAGAUUUGAGAAACUCAAGCAAACCCUGGAGAUGAACCUCACCAACCUGGUUAAGCGCAACAGUGAACUAGAAAAUCAAAUGGCCAAACUAAUACAGAUCUGCCAGCAGGUCGAGGUGAAUACUGCUAUGCAUGAGGCAAAACUUAUGGAAGAAUGUGACGAGUUGGUAGAGAUCAUCCAGCAGAGGAAACAAAUGAUUGCUGUCAAAAUCAAAGAGACAAAGGUUAUGAAACUGAGAAAACUGGCCCAGCAGGUUGCUAAUUGCCGUCAGUGUCUUGAAAGGUCUACAGUUCUCAUUAACCAAGCUGAGCAUAUCCUAAAAGAAAAUGACCAGGCCCGGUUUCUACAGUCUGCAAAAAAUAUUGCUGAGAGAGUUGCUAUGGCAACUGCAUCUUCUCAAGUUCUGAUUCCAGAUAUCAAUUUUAAUGAUGCCUUUGAAAACUUUGCUUUAGAUUUUUCUAGAGAAAAGAAACUAUUGGAGGGGCUAGACUAUUUAACAGCCCCCAACCCACCCUCUAUCCGAGAGGAACUCUGUACUGCCUCCCAUGACACCAUUACAGUCCACUGGAUCUCGGAUGAUGAGUUCAGCAUCAGCUCCUAUGAGCUUCAGUACACCAUAUUCACUGGCCAGGCUAACUUCAUCAGUAAGUCAUGGUGUAGUUGGGGCCUGUGGCCAGAGAUAAGGAAAUGUAAGGAAGCAGUAAGCUGCUCAAGAUUGGCCGGGGCGCCACGAGGCCUGUAUAACUCAGUGGAUAGCUGGAUGAUUGUGCCCAAUAUUAAACAAAACCAUUACACUGUACAUGGACUCCAGAGUGGGACACGAUAUAUCUUCAUUGUUAAAGCCAUAAACCAAGCAGGCAGCCGGAACAGUGAACCUACCCGACUAAAAACAAACAGUCAACCCUUUAAACUGGAUCCCAAAAUGACUCACAGAAAGUUGAAGAUCUCCAAUGAUGGAUUACAGAUGGAGAAGGAUGAAAGUUCUCUGAAGAAAAGCCACACCCCAGAGAGAUUUAGUGGCACAGGAUGUUAUGGGGCAGCAGGAAAUAUAUUCAUUGACAGUGGCUGUCAUUAUUGGGAAGUUGUCAUGGGUUCCUCAACAUGGUAUGCAAUUGGUAUUGCCUACAAGUCAGCUCCAAAGAAUGAAUGGAUUGGCAAGAAUGCUUCCUCGUGGGUCUUCUCUCGCUGCAAUAGUAACUUCGUUGUGAGACAUAACAAUAAGGAAAUGCUAGUGGAUGUGCCCCCGCAAUUGAAGCGCCUGGGUGUCCUCCUGGAUUAUGACAACAACAUGCUGUCUUUCUACGACCCAGCUAACUCUCUUCAUCUUCAUACUUUCGAUGUGACCUUCAUCCUUCCAGUUUGUCCAACAUUCACAAUCUGGAACAAAUCCCUAAUGAUUCUGUCUGGCUUGCCUGCCCCAGAUUUUAUUGAUUAUCCUGAGCGGCAAGAAUGCAACUGCAGGCCUCAAGAAUCCCCGUAUGUUUCUGGGAUGAAAGCUUGCCAUUAAGUUUCAAGAAAGCAUACACUUCACUGGCUAUCCAGUUUAGCGGUUCUUCCCUUCGUAAACCUCAGUUAGUGUUCGAUACAUGAGAUACAAAAUAAAGUUCAUUUGAAGCAUCCAAAAUAACUAGAUAUUGUAGAUUUAAUUUUUUUGCAUUAAGGCUUAUAUUUGAAUUCAUAUAUUGAGUUUUUCAGAAUAAAUUAUCCAAUUCAUCUGAGUUCAAGCCAUUGGGGAAGAAAUUUAGAGAAUGCCUCUGUUGUCAUUGGAAUAUUAAAAAUUUGCAGUAAUUUAGGAGUGUAAAUGAUUUUGGAAGGAAUUAGGGCAAUCUUGGGAAAUAAUAUAGAAAGAUGCUUUAAAAAUGGAGCUAGCCAGUUAGAAAGGGCAAUGGUGAUCACCUUCUCUACUACUGUCCAGUUUGGCCAAGAAGAAUAUUGAAUAGUGGCAGAUUAAAACAUUCUGUAAGCAAAUCAUGAAUGUGUAUAUAUAAUAUAUAAAAAGAUUGAAUUUAUUAAUUAAGAUGAAUUCACUAAAAUUUAUUCAUUAACUUGAGUUCAUUAAAAUAAUUCAAUCAUUGUAUAUAUUAUAUAUGGUAUAUAUACAUAUAUGACACAUAUGUACUGUAUGUAUAUAUAUACAUUAUAUAUAAUAUAUAUGUACAUAAUAAACUUUUAAAUUUGCUCCUUUGAAUAAGAAAUAUAUUGGAAGGAAAAAUAAAUUACAUUUAUCUUUAUCUCCUAAGAGAAACAUCAAAAUCAGCCAGAAUUGAGCACGGUGGCCCAUGCUCAUAACACCAACACACUGGGAGGCUGAGGCAGGAAGAUCCCAAGUUUGAGCCCAGCUCGAACAGUUUAAUGAAACUUUGCCUCAAAAUUUAAAAAAUAAAAAUAAAAAAGAACUGAGGAUGUAGAUCAGUUGCAAAGGCCUUGGGUUCAAUCCCUAGUACCAAAAAAAAAUCAAGAUGUCCUCCUCCUUCCAUCUGUCCCUUUCUCCCCCUUACCAUACACCCAUUCACAUGCAGUCUGCUAUAGACAGUGAGAAGGGCUGAUGGUUGAAUAGGAGAGAUUUGAGAACAAGAUUGCACAAGAGAUGUUUUUGCUAGACAUAAUACUGAUCCAGGUAGAAGUGUCCUGUAUUAGCACAAUGAAAUUGAGGCCUCUUAAUGGAAGCAGCCCAUCUGAAUUGUUAAAAAUUCCGUCAUGAACAUUAACAUUUUAAAGAAACAGUUUUAUUAUUCACUCCUAAGAAAUAGUUACUAGAAUUAGGCUAAAAAUAGAGUUGCAUAAUUCAAUUUUUGUAGGGACUUGCUUUACUUCAUCAGUGUGAAUGGAGAGAUAUAGUUGCAGCAGCUAUUUACUUAUAAACGUACUUUUAUUUUCAGCUCAAACACCUCUGAAAUGCUUAAGAAUGCCUGACAACAGUUUUUGUUUUCCUGCAUAGGUUAAAUGCUUAUUCUUUUUGCAACCUUGUUUACAUUAUUCAUUUACUUAGCCACACUUUCAUGGUAAAAGAGACAGAAUCUUCCUCCUACUCAUCAGCACAGUUAAAGGAAAUUGAGUUUUAUGGUUUGUAAGUUUCACUGCAGGGGUUGGAUAUACAAGAGAACCAGAGCUUUCUCAUUCCUAGGAGCCAAGUUUGCUUCAAGGAUGGCUACUCUUUGGGAGUUGUGAAAACAUUGCUGUUAUGAAGUGAUACCUGUCGCGCUCCCCUAUGUUAGAGUCUUUAAAUAAUUUCAGAAUUUUACCUCUUCCUUUCCACCAGCUUGGGUGGAUGCUCAUUUAUUAAUUUGUUCAAUGAACGAAGUUUCCACAUUACUGCUGUAAGGAUGCAUUAGUAAGACAUUGUCCUUGCUGUAAAUGACUUACUAUUCUAUAGAAGAGACAAAAUAUGUAAAAAAAAAUCCUGCCCAAUAUUAGCUACAUAUUGUCUGUUUACCAAAAAUGGAAAUUGAGAUCGAUGCAGAUACAAAAACAGCUCUAAUUUCUACAUGUAAUAGAAAAGUCAGCUUUUUGGCUGUAAAGACCCUAAGUGCUUACUGCCAAUCAGUAAAUGAGCAAGAUCCGUAAGAUCUGGCAGUGCUGCUGCUAAAUAGUUUAAUGGAAAGCUCAUAACUUUUGGGUUAAAAUAAUCCUAGUGUCUUUGGCCUUUACUAACAGUGUUACCCAUGUAUAGCAUGUGCUUCACUUCUGAAUCUGUUACCUUUUCCAUAAAAUAAUACCUACUCCACAAGGCUGUUUCAAACAUUUAAAAAGAUGUCAUGUGUAAACUGCUUAGCAUGGUACCUGGCAUUUAGUAAGUGUGCCACUGAUAUUAAUCUCCUCCCCAAAGCUAUUCAUUUAUUUUUGUGUCCUUUAAAUUUUAGUGCUCUGGGACAAAUUUAAUUUCUCCACCCUACUUGUGAUUCUGGGGUGGACUGUGUAUGCUCAUCACUGCCUCUCUCAACUCAAUUAAUUCCUGACCUCUUAGACUGGGUUAGAUGUUCCUCUUUGGAGCUCCCAUGAUACCCUAAGCAUCCUCCUCUCUCAGCAAUAAUCACAUAGUGUAACAGACGGAUUUUUAAAAAUGUGGUCCUUAGAACACAUAUGUUAGAAUCACCUUUGAUGAUUUGUUUGUUAAAACAAUUGAUUCCUGGACCCACUGUAGAUCUACUUAAUUAGAAUAUAUGGAAACACAGGUAAUAAUUUACAUUCUUGAAAAGCUUCUCAGGUUAUUCUUUUGCACACAAAAGUUUAAUGUGUAAUAAUUAUAUUCACUUCUAGGCUGGGAAUACCUUGAAGAUAAGAAGUAUGUCUUUUACUGCUAUUGUACUUUAAAUACCUGGCACAAUGUCUGGAACAGAGUAGUUGCCUGGCUAAUGUUUGUUGAAUGCAUAUAUGAAUGAACAAAUGAAUAAUCAAAGUUUCUCUCUUGUACUCUAAUGUCCACGGUAGCAUUUGUUAUUUCCUGGGCAGGAAAGCUUGGAUAGUUCUCUACCUGGUCUUUAUUCAUAUUAUUUUACAGAUAUACCAGAGUUUGUACAUAUUAGUGAGCAUUGUUCUUCUCAAAAACUCUUUGACAGUUAUCUUAGGAAAUUGCCUUUAUACAUGUGGCACCCUUCUUUUCAAUAACAUAUAAGUUCUUUCACACUUUGUUCUUUGAAAUUCCAUUACAGUUUUGAUUAUAGUAAAAAAAAAAAAACACUCACAGCUCAGCCUAUUGAAUAAACGGGGAAAUUAAACAGUUUGAAGUAAAUAAUGAAGUUGAACUCUAAAAUCUCAACUUGAGCCAAAUGAUGAAGUGACUUCCAAGAUAUACCAGAGUUGCAGAGUACUCAGUACGGGUGUGUUGAGUUUCAGAUAUUUGAUUCAGCAAACUUAAAGACUUUUAUAGAAUCCCGGCAGUGCCAGGGAGCUACAGAGAAGCCGAUGGCUACCUCUAUCUGUACCCAGUUGCACAAGGGGACUACACCAUGUUUUUAAUGUCUACAAGGAAGGUGACUCCAUGAGCUUUUAUUGUUGCUUUACCCAGUUUUCCCUGCUACAAAAUUAUUUUCUGUAUGCAAUAUAUGUGUGUUCUCACUUUUUAUAUUGUCUUAUUGAAGAAAGCACAAAUGAAACCUGUUUUGAGACUAUGAAAGUAAUUUUAAUGCUACAUUCAGAUUCUGGCUAUUUGUAAGUAAGGGGAACUGCAUCUAGUUGUGUUUUUAUUAUGUAAUUCCAUUGUCUAUCUUUGGAGGCAGUGAAAUUCAGAUCGCAACAAAAUCACUUACACAUUCUUUUCAGCCUAAACAUUCUAGGUGAAUUUUCUAAGCUUCCAUGGUUUACAUAUUUAUAUAUACCUGGAUGUGGCAAUCCAUGGAUAAAAUUAUGAAUAAGCUCAAAUAUUGAUUGGAUACCUUUUUCCCAAGGAAUGGAGAGUAUGAGGCAGGUAGAAAUAAACCACUCCCACACUUCUAGCUCCUGAAGCCAUUUGUAGCCUUGGAGCCAUUGGGCUGCAUUUGGCUAUGGAUUCCAAGUUGGCCAGACUUACUGCCAUCAGGUCAGGCAAAACUGCCUUUUAUGAUGUGUUUGCCAGCCUUAGACAUAUGCUGUGUUACUGUUAUGGCUGGAAUAUUUAUUAGAUUAUUGUUGAACUAUUUUUUAUCAAAUGCUUUACCCCAAGGCUUGUUUGUACUAGGAAAUUUUGACCAAUAGUUUCUCUCCUGGUGACAGAAAUACAAGUGUCUGUGUAUUACACAGUCUCAUCCCUCUUCUGAAGUAUCCAAGCCCAUCCAAAAUGCUAUAUUAUGACUCAAAUAAAUAUAUAUGUAUUCAUGA